AUGCCCACAUCGUCGCCCCGUCAGAAUCCGUACCUUUGCGUGUGCCUGCCUCUGGCGCUGCAAAGUCCCUCUGGAGAUGCGAAGGAGUCUCUGCUGAUGGCGAUACUUGCCGUAGCAGCCUUCAACAAAGCUGAGCUUGCGACGUCGAAUGCCAAGGGAUAUCGAGAUCAGGCGGUCCAUUUCGCCGAGAGAGCCUCGUCGAUACUGAAAAGCUAUUCUGGAGAUUUCGGCAGAAAGAGGGCUGGACCGGAGGACGAAGUUGAUAGGAAAGCUCUCCUCGCUGCUGUAGUGACUAUGACCACGAUUGAGAUCUUCAGCGGCGGCCAACACGGGAAAGGCUACGAAAGCCUUCUUCUCGGCAAGCAGAUCAUAAACAUCACGGGGGGGCCAGAGUGGUGGGUGGCGGAGCCUAUGCGCUUAACACUGCUCCAGAUCUACCGCUGUCUGGAGAUCGUAGCACACACAUCUGGCUGGAAGCCGCCCUCAUCCUCAAUUGACGUCGCCGCAGACUGCUGGUCAUUAUCCGCAACCAGUCGACCAGGUGACGCCUUGCAGCAUCCAGACGACAUCGCCCCCAGAUCUCCCACGUCCGCGUCACGCAUCCCAGGCCCAGGAGGCCAGUAUACACUAGACGUCUCCUUCGGUGUCGCACGCAAGACGCUGCAAUGUCUCAACAAGACCAUCGAACUCUCGAGUCUCCGUGAAGCACGUCAGGAACAGAUCCCUGACUGGCAAUGGCCGGACCACAUGCACAGCGUGCUCCGGCAGCUCGAAUCAGAGAUCUUUGACGUCUUCGACGAUCCGAAUGCACUGGCCGGCGAAGGCGCCUCAAACCUGCUCGCGCAGGAAGGCAUCUCGGACUACGUCAACGAGGAGAUCAAGGAGAAUCAUGUGUGGGCGUUCCACUACAGCGUGGCGCUGUUCUUUCGUAGAGCCCUUUGCGACGGUGGGUCGUCGGUGGAUGCUAUGCUUGGCGACCAUGCGGAGGCCGACACUACGGUUAGUACCACAGGCCGCUGGAGCGGGCAAGAGCUCGUCACGAAGGCACUGGACCAUCUGGAGAACAUCGAUGUUCUGUCUGGGGAUGCGAUUGUGGCGAACACGCUGUGGCCGGCUUUCGUUGCGGCGGUGGAGGCGGUGCAUACGCCGUUGAGGCAUCGGGCGCUGAUAUGGUUUGUAAGGGCUAAGAGGCAUGGGAUAGGGAACAUUGCAAAGGCGAAGGAGUUGGCGAUGGAGGUCUGGCGAAGGGUUGACCGGCAGACAUGGGGGCGCCCGGAGAAGAAGGCGCAGUAUGUGGAGUUGAGUAGGGUUGAUUGGCGGAAGGUAAUGCAGGAGAUGAAGAUGUACAUCAUGCUUACUUAG